AUGUCGGGCGCGGAACAACAGCAGCAGCAGCGGCAGCAUGCAACGAAGCGUCGUCGAACAUCGCUAUCGCCACCGAGAUUGAGGUCGAGAAGUGAGUGCGAUCAUAAGGUGGGGGUGAAAGAGGAAGUAGCGGUGGUGACGGAGAAGCGCGUCAGCAUAAAUACCAUUGAGGAGGUGCUUUCGGUCGGCAAUGAAGAAGCCAGAACAGUUGCUACUUCUCGCUCCUUCCUCAUUCAAGACCUCCUUCAAGCAUCAAUGAGUACGUGUGCUAAAACAGUGACCAAGUUGGACCUCGAUGCACGGUCUCUCUAUAAAAACAUAUUUCACAUUAAACAACUUCAAGAGAUUUCGAGCAGCCCAGCCAAUGCAAAAAGGACGGAUGCUGAGGCUAAAUACGAACCCCUAAAGAUAAGCCAUUUAAGUGACGUGGACAGUGGUGCCUCCUCAUCCCAAGGGGAGGAAGAAGGUAAAGAGGAGAAGAAAACAUCAUCUAGUCAGGGCAAACAAACCGAUUGGCCCACUGAUUCCAGUCAAACUGAUGAAAACGGUGACGUCGACAUUUCCGCGUCGCAUACGAUUUGUGGAUCUGCCCCCAACGGCAGUCGGAAAGCCCGUCGUGCACGCACUGCCUUUACAUACGAACAGUUAGUCACAUUGGAGAAUAAGUUUCAAUCAACCCGCUACCUCUCAGUGUAUGAACGUCUCAAUCUGGCUCUGUCACUUAACCUUACCGAGACGCAAGUGAAAAUAUGGUUCCAAAACCGACGCACUAAGUGGAAGAAACAGAAUCCUGGAAAAGAUGUUAACAGUCCCACAGCCUUCAGUCCUCCGAUUACCUACCCAAGUGGUAAAAAUAUCAGUAGUGGUGGAAGCUCAGGAUCCUUUCCUAAUCCAGAUUAUGUUCCUCCGUACCUUUGUAACACACAAACAUUUCCACCUCCCCCAAGUUCCAAUGAUGCCAUGCCUGGAACAUCAUCUCCAAAAUCCGAUGAGGCAGGAAAAACUGUAACUGAGGAUUUGCGCUCUUACAUACAGUCCCAGUAUUCCAAACUGAUGGAAUCUUCUGCUGAGUCACAAAAGAACGUACUCUCGGAGGAAUUCUCAGUGAAGGAUCAGUCAGACUCAGAAGGUGGAGAGAAGUCCCAAUCAUUGCAGUUAUCCCCAUUAGUACCCGAGAAGCCUCCUAGCCAGUGCGACAACCAGACGUCAUUCCUCUUAAGGGCGGCCUCAAUUGCUGCGGCAGCACUUGCAUCAGUGAAGACCGGAGAGUUUAUCGCUCCGACAGAGGGAACACCGACCCUGCUACCCCCGCCACUCCCACCGCCGAAUUGGCGCGACCCCUUCCCGCCGGAUGGCGUGGCGCCGCUCUUCACUCAGCCUUGGUAUCUCGCUGCUGCAGCCCUUUCCUCAUUGAAGCAAGACCGCGACACCACCGGCAGUACUACAGCGCAGCCACCAACACCAGUGUUCAACUGGUCGUGA